UCCUAUCGUGCACUGGGAAUAUGUCUAGGAUACAGGUGUAGCAUAUUCAACACCUAAACCCCUAUUUUUGUGUCUUGGAUUACUGGCCUUAGUGAAUUAGAAAAGCCGGAAGCGUAGUAAUGCAGACUGGCAGCCAAGACAAACAGCCAGAAUCCACCCGAAAAUAUCUUAAUGCCAGCGGCUUGAUUGGUGCAGGAACUCAGAAUGUGCAGAUCCAUAUAAAGCUGGAAUAAAAACCUUCUACUGUACGAGAGUAAAGUUCGAUUCUCAAACAUCAUUUGGUACUUUUUUUUUGUGCAUUUUUGUAAAUACGAUUUUGGCUAUGUAACAGACGGCCUGUUAGUCCUGGUCAGCCAUGCCGCCCUUGAAGCUGGUGCCCCCGCUGUACUGGCUGUGCGUGGGAGAAGUGUUUGAGCGUGUUUGCCGAGUGCUGCGGAACUCCUCCCAGGCCGUGAAGGAGCUCAGGAAACUCCUCCAGUCCUCUCUGACUGCAGCGAUCCGAGAGCAGUUCGUGCACAUUGCGACGGUACAAUGCAGGCGGGACAUGUACCUGAUGCUGGACCUGCUGAGCGUGCUGAUGGACGGCGCGGUACGUUCCUUGCACGUGACGGGCCGCGACGACAGCGUCUGCCUGCGGCCGGAGGACUGCGGCGCCCUCUUCAGCCGUUUGGAGCAGUGCGGCGCCACGGGGCUGCGUGAGCUGGUCGUGAAGGUGUGCCUGGACGCGAGGCGACACCUGCUGCCCAGCUGCGGCCUGGCCGGCUGCACCAACGCCUGCCUGUCGCGCCUGCUGCAGGCGGGCCUGGCGCGCAGCCUGCGCACGCUGGUGCUGCACGCCGUGGGCGACAACUGCCUGCUGGGGCUGCUGGGCCAGCACUCGGCCCACCUGCAGCACCUGGACCUCACCUCCUCCUGGCUCGUGGACGACGGCGGCAUCGCGCAGCUCUGCUUCCGCGACCCCCAGAAGCACGCGGGCCACCAGAGCAUGACUGACGAGCAGCUGCUGCGGCAGUACGCGCGGGUCGACCCGAGCGAGCUGAGCCGGUGCUGCGCGACCUUGAAGGAGGUGCGCAUCCAGGACACCAACACCUCGGAGACGGGCGUGUUCCUCUUGCUGCUGCUGCUGCCCGACCUGCGCUCCCUGGGCGGCUUCAUCUACUACAGGAACGUGGGCGACGCCAUCGCGAACCUGGCCGCCAGCCGGCCCGGCCUGCGCCUGGCGCUCACGGACCUCUGGGACACGUGCGUGUCCGCCGACAAGGCCCGGGUGCUGGGGCGCGCGGUGCCCGGCCUGAGCGCGCUCUACACGCGCGGCACCUGCCUGGCCAACGUGGGCGUGUUCGCCGGCCUCACCUCCCUCACCAUGGACUUCGACUUCAGCGACUGCUCGCUGGCCCUCGAGAAGUACCUGUACGCCCACGGCGCCCGCCUCAAGAAGCUGGUGCUCGUCGACCAGAUGCACUCGGUCGACAUCUCCAUGCUGGCGGAACUGUGCCCGUCCCUGGAGGAGCUCGGGGCGAAGGUGGAAGGGGGGUGGUGGGGGGAGUCCGCCCCGAUGCUGGGCCACCUGAAGGUGUGUCAGGUCCGCGUGGGGUCCUCGGAGACGCUGAGGGCGCUGCUCAUGCACGCGGUCAACUUGCAGCACUUGGAGGUGAUGGUGGAGGAGGAGCGCUUCGGGGAGGGGGUGGACGUGUUCGACGACACCAUGAUGGAGAGCGCGCUGGGCGCGGGGGGGGGAGCCGCGCCCAGCAGCCUGCACACCUUCCUGAUGCUGAGCGAGUGCGACCUGUCGGCGGCGACGGUGCGCCUGCUGCUGGAGGCCUGCCCGGGCCUGCGCCUCGUGGGGGAGCUGCAGGCGUGGGCGCUCGUGGGCGAGGCGGAGGUGGCCCAGCUCCAGCGCGAGGUGCGCGAGCGCAACCUGGACCUGCAGCUGGGGUACCGGGGCGCCGUGCUGCCGCCCCGGCGGCUGUGCCUGCCCGACGCCGCCCUAGCCCGCUAGCUCUGCCUACCCCUGCCGGUGGCCGGCGAGCGCAACCUGCCUCUGCCUGCCCGACGCCGCCCUCGCCCGCUAGCGGGCUCUCUCUGCCCCUACCUCCCCCUUCCUCGGCAGAUCACACUGAGGGGAAACAUGCUCCACCAGACCUCGUAGCACCACCCGGGAUUCCGCAAACACGAUAUCAAGAACAUGCAGUGGCGUAGCCAGGAUUUGUGUAUUGGGGGGUGUUAAGAAGCAUGCCCCCCCCCCCCCCCCCCCGUGUUAAAGCGGGGGGAUCCGGGUGUCCUCCCCCGGGAAAAUUUGGAUUUUAAGGUGUAAAAUAGUGCUAUUUUAGCAGUUUUAGGUACUUAAAUUUAAAUAUUGUAAUGUUAAAAAUUGUAUUAAUUUUUAAUAUGAGAUUUGUUUGAGUGAUGAAUAAGAAAUUAAUUAAAGAUUUGGUGCUAACGGGGGGGUUUGAACCCCUAAACCCCCCCCCCCACUGGCUACGCCCCUGAGAACAUGGAUGUUAGGGAAGCAGAUCAAAAACACUUUUAAGAUUGUAUAUUAAAAAAAAAAAAAAUAAUUACAUAAAUAGAGCUGCGCGGGAUCCCAGUUUUUCCAAGUAAAACAGGCGACAUGUUUUUUUCCCCCGAAACGUCGAGCGGGAAAUUACUUUUUUUUUUUUUCCAUUUCUCAAAUUCAUUCUGGUAGUUAUACGUGUACAUGUUUUAAAAUAUUAAACCGUUUUCGAAGUAAGCAUUGCACUUUUAACCUGAUUCGGUACGUACGUGCGAUCAUAAAUGCACAAAUUUUCAUCAGUUCAAACUCAAAUUAUAGCGUAAAAAAAAUAUGCACGGGCUUGAUCAUUAAACAAGCACUUUAUUCAGGAUUUGUAACGUACACUAAAUUUUCGAAGUUAUUUCAUUGCAGUUGCGAAACUGUAGCUGAACAUAUCUCAUCAAUGAUUGAAAAAUGCAAAUUUUAGACACAAAUUGUUUGCUUGUUUGAUAUCACGUAUUAGUAUAAAAAAAAAAUUAACAAAAUUAGCUUUGACAUUUUACUGUUGUACUAUGGACAAAAUAUGAACAUGGUAGUUUAAACUAUAUUUAAUUUGUUAGUUACAAUCUAUCUACCACCAUGUUCAUACAGUAGUAGCUACUUGCUCUAUUUAUCUAUGACACAGAUGUUGCAACUUGCACUUUAAAAGCAACAUAAAUUAACAUAAAUAUUAAUAAAAGUGCUAGAAUUGAGUGAAAAUACAUUGUAAUUUGUCAGAUAUAUUGCCGAAUGGGUACGUGGUUCUUAUAAAUAACUUAGAGUGAAUAAUUUGAGUUAAAAAUGUAAAUAUGUAAAAAUGUAAGUAUUUUGCCAAAUAAGCUUUUGGUUUUAAUUCUGAGGCUAUCAUAAGAUUAAAUAUGGUUAGUAUUAUUUUGUGGUACUAUUUGCCUAUAUAAUUUAAAUUUGUAUCCUCAAAUAAUUUGAAUCCUGUCCCAUUUACCGCGGGAAAUUUUUUUCCCCUGCCCGAUAAUUUCCUGAAACAAAAUUUGCUAUCCCGCCCAGCUCUAUAAAAAUCUUUUUGUUUCUGUACACAAAUUUCAUAUAAAUUCAUUAUUUUUCGGGUAAUAUCAGAAUAAUCUCCUGGUUAACCUCAUUCAUCCAUUGGUUUAGGGUGGUAUGUCAUUAUUUUCUUUAUUUCACAAAGUGUUCCAAGGUCAUAUUGAUUUCCUUAUCGCUUGCAUCCUGGUAUUUUGAACGUAUGUUAGUCUAGUCUAGUCUACUUUAACUUGUGGUUGUGCGUGACUGAACUGCUCCGGAAAAGUUGAAAUGAACAUUUUUUUCUCCUUUCCACCAUGUCUUAAGAUGAGAGGUGUUGAAGAAGGAUUGUCGAAAAAAAGUGUUUUUAUUAUUCUUAUUUUAGUUGAGCUUUUGCAUCAUCAGGGUGGCUAUAAAACAUGUAAUGAGAAAGUCUCUGACAUUUCUUGUUUUGGGAAGAAAAAAAAAUUCUGGCCAAUGAUAGUUAAGUCACAAAUAACUAAUAUUUAGUCAUCAAUAACUAUCAAAUACAGUAUAACCCCGAUUUUGCGAACACGGAUUUAACGAAAACAGCGAUUUAACGUAAAGGUUUUCAAGAACCAUCAAAAAACACCAAUUUAUUAAAAUAAUAAUAUAGAUUUACAAAAAAUGAAAGUAAAUUGUAACGGAAACUUAUUAAAAAAUACACUCUGUGGUGUCAGUAAUAGAAUGGAGGUAAUAUAUAUUAAUAUGUGCCUUUGCAUCAUCUGUCCAAACACGAAAAAAUAAAAAAAAAUAGUUCAAAUUGCUUAAAAACUCCGGGUGCUGUAACUGAAUUGCGUAGGUGCGUGCCAUUGUGCGCGCCUGGAUAGAUAGACUAUCCGCGAUACAUGACGUCAUGAAGGGUUUCUUUGUCCGCAUCCUCCUCCCCCUCUUCUAUGCCUGGCUUGACUCACCACGAUAUCUUCCAAUCACGCCCGCAUGGUAACAGUGCUAGCCAAUAAUCACACGUUUCCAAAUAUUCCCUUUCCCAUCCUCCAGGUUUUUUCAACUUGUGAUCACGUAACACCAAUACGCCAUUAUCAUUAUUCUCAGUAAGAGCUUUGUUCGCGUUGUUUAGUUUUUGGAAUACAUUUUUUAUAAGUGCUGUUCUGACUUCGAUUUUUUGCUUUUCUUCUUGGAUUUUGACUCCAGAUUGCGAUUGGAAUUGACUAAACUGCCUGUUGACGACCUGCUUAGCUUUUCUAUUGGUACAUGACUUUAUUUACUGUUUUUAGAUAUCAGCUUUGUUACGUUUUUUUUGACGAUUCGUUUAUGUUACUGUUAUUAGAAAUGGACAAAACUGGGACACGGGCGGUGGAGCUUUCAUUCUUUUCUGCUAAGCUCGCGUCUAUUGGCUGGCUGCUGAUGGAAGGUCACGAGUCUGGGCGGAGCGUUGAGUGAGUUAUACUGCGCAUGCGCAGCUCAGCGAACAGAGAGAGCCAGCCGGCGGCUACGCCGCGCCGUUACAACAGCUGACCGAGUACAAUAAAUUACCUUUCUCCGCAUACGGUGCGCUAUGGACGGUAAAUUUCCAUCAAUUUGCGGCCAUUUUUUUUUAAAAUUUUUUACUGUGACGCAAUGUGUAUGUAGCUCGUAUUUGUUAUAAACGCUGAAGGUUGCGACUGUAUUUUAAUAAACUUUAACGUAUUUCUUACACUUCUAAUAUUUUUUUUGCCUCAUUUUUCACGGUUUCUGAAAAUACUUACGUACGACUGAGGUGUACGUACGAACCGGGGGCACAAGCGAGAUCAAAAACGUUUAAGGUGGAAAGUUGACAAAGUCUGAGAUAGCACGGCAGUACAAGAUAUCGGCGUCGACCCUGUCUACGAUAUGGAAACGUAGGGACGCGAUUAUGAGUGGGGGGGUCAUUGAAAAUCGGUAAAUCGGAUUUAACGAAACAUCGAUUUAGAGUAAACAUUUUCUGUAACCAUAGCACUUCGUUAAAUCGGGGUUCUACUGUAUCAGCAAAUUCAUAAUCAUAACUCGAAGGCAUACCACACUUCACUAUUGCAUGGUAAUUAUAAAUUAUUUUAUCGCGCCACUGUUGGUAGCACUUAAGUCAAUGUACGUGGUCGAAAUGUUGAUAUAGGUACUUACGAGCAAAAUGAAUGGGAGGAAAUACUUGUGACACUUAGAUACAGGUUAGGAAGGGGAAUAAAGGCUGUGUACACGGAAGAAAAAUUGUUAUUAAAGAUAUUCCUUGAUUACAUAAAUUCCCUGAUUUUUCUCUGUUGCUGAAAAUUCCCUGAAUUUUCCAGGUUUUUGCUGUUUUUUCUGUUCCUAGCUACCCUGAUUUUGUCGACAAGGUCAUUAGGAAGGUAACAUACUACUGAAAAAACUUGAGGAUACUGGGAAAUGAAUCUGCAGAGGUCUAUGUUAAGAAACUCUCCCAGGAUUUGCCUGGAGUCACUUCGUAAAGUAACAGAAACCAAAAAUCAGGAAAGCUAGACCAGGGAUCUGAACUCUGGUCACUAGGGUCCUAGUCUAGUGUCGUACCAGUGCGGUGGCCGGCUCUUUCCAUGCUUAGGAAGGUCCAUGUGAAACCUGAAUCAAGUGAAUACUCUUGUUUGUCAGUUCUGACGUCGUAGAUGUUUGGUUACAAAUGUUCCGACUCUGUGGCAAGUGGCUUUCUACCUUGUAGAUAGCAAGGCUGCUCGAGAAAAAAACUUAUACUUACUGUAUUACUGAAACUGUCAUGGUAGCAAUAGCAAAUGGUGAAACUAGUUCAACCACAAAAAAUAUAUUUUUUAUGAAUAAAAAUACCUGUAUAUAACUGAGUUCAGUUUAGAUAAGUCUUAAAAUUGGAAAGUAAAGGUAUAUUAUUAUUUUAAUUAUGUAUUGUUAGCCUUUCUGGUAGGUUUUGUAAUUAUUUUAUACUUUCAUGGUUUAUUUUUCGGCCAAGAUGAAGGAGCUAAAUUUUAUCACCAACACAUUAAAAUGUCAAUGAAUAACUUUCAGAUGUAUAUAUUUUAGGAACCUUCGUAAAUUUUCUUUCCAUAUUCUUCGUGAAGGUGAUUUUUAAUUUUGUCGCUAAAAAUUAUGUUUGCUCAUUUUGUCCAUACCAGAUUUUGUAGAUUGUAGAUACCAUGUUGGUAUUACAACCAUUAAAAAUGUUGAUAACCGGGUGUGUAAGAGUGGGGGAGUGGAAUUUGAAUUGUUAAGUCAGUAGAGACUGUGUUGUAGUAACAUAUCCUUGAAAUAUUUUACUGUAUACCAUUGUAAGUGUAGUACAUUCUCUGUAAAAAAAAAAAAAAUAUUAUUUUUGUGUAUAAUUACAUGUGGAAUUCAUUCACAGGGUUUAAAUUACAAUGAAUAGAAUGUAUUAGCCGACUGUGUAGUCAUUAAAGGAACAUACAUAGAUUAUGUUGUAAACCAGUUGCUGUUGAGGGAGUGUGAUGCUGUAUUUGUGCUUGCAUGGUUGCUUCAGCAAUCUUACCUAACCUUGAGAGAAAGUUUUCAUUUUUAUUUUUGACAUGAAUAUGAAUGUCUUUAAUCUCAAGAGAAAUACCUGUGAGGCAACAGAAGAAAGGCUGAUAGAUUUAGUCCACAACAAAUAACAAAAUAAAAAAUAAAAAAGUCUUCAAGGUCACUUUCCAUAGUUUUGCAGAUACUCUGAAACAUUAUUGUUACCGACCAUAAAUUACUUAGCAGGGAAGAAACAUACUGUCUGCAGCAUUGUCAAUAAAGCUCCAAUUUUCUCAUGAAUGUGAUACUAAUUUUCUUCAAUGUAAUUUGCUCAAAUAUUGUAAUUUAAUUAUUUUUAUAACCGAACAUUUUUUUUUGUCACAAUUUUCUGGCAUGGCCGCCCGACCGUCAAGUAAGACGUUCAUUUGAAUUGACGUCAAAAAAUAAAGCAACAUCAAUUUUGUUAAAUUGUUUUAUUUAUUUCAUACACAACAUUUUAGUCAAGUGUGAUGGAAAUUCAUGAAACAAACCCCUGGCGGCUCUAGUCCAAAAUACAGCCGACCCAGAAUGUUUUUCUCAGAAACAGGAGCAAGGAAUGUAAAAAUGGUACACAGUCCUCUGUCAUACAUAAGACAACUAUAUUAGAGUGGUAACCAUAACAUUAUAUGGCGGAGAAAUGAAGAUAAAAGUGUACUGCAAGUUCCUUGAAUGCUUUCAAGAAUCUUUAGCGGUCGUUUCAUGCCUAAAAAAUUACUCUGAAAACACAAUUUUAGCCAUUUUCCCUCUUCUAAAAAAAAUUUUUAUAACAAAAUAUAGAAACAGUACUUCUCAUCAUCAGUACUUCAUCAUCUGUGUUUUUCGUAAACAGACACCACUUGAAUAUCUUGAGCAGGUUUUAAAUUGUAUGUUUUUUUUCUGAAGUUCUGUGUGCCUGCGUAGGUGGGGCCCUUAAACAGGUGUUUACAUAAUCGUUUAUAAACAUGUAAAAUUUGGCAUGUGCCGUAUUCGCCUGAAAAAAAGAUGAGUUUUUUUAUUUAAAGACCACCCAAAAAAAAAAUCGGGGUUCAUCUUAUAACCAAGAGCAAACAUUAAAAAAAAUGAUAAAAAUUUGAAAUAAUAGUUUAAAUUUCGAAUAUUUUUUUUAUACACUCAACAGAAUUAUUACUAGUGAUAUUAAAUUUUAGAUGAGCAUUUUUAAUUUUCCAAUAGAUUUAGGCAAGCAAAAAAAAAAUUAUUUAGAUUGUUUUGUCUGUGAUUCUGUGCAAUGACUUCCUACUGAGCAAGGAAAGGAUCUCAAUGAGUUAAUAAUUCUUCUUGGAACUAUUACUUAUGUAAUUGGGGGAUCGUAUUACUUUAAGGGUCGACUUAUUUUACGUGACUAUGGAAUAUCUCUGCCAAGUGACGAAUGCAAAAUGGAAUAAACACACAUGAAAUAGCAAUACAUGCAGAUUUUUUUUUGUUUAGUUUAAAAAAAACUUAUACUAAACAAAAAAUACAAAAUUAGUGUAAAUAUGUUAUUUAAUAUUAUUUUACAUUUUUCCUUAUUUGUAAUGCCUAAUUGAGAUAGUUUCCAAAAAAAUGGAAAUAUAUUUUACUGAACAGUUUAGUGCGCCUAGGUUGGCUGCGAGUGCAAUGACCUAAUUGGUAAAUAUAUUAACGUCCCUCUCUAGGCGAGAUAGUACUAAGAUUGUCAGGUUUAAUUUUUUGUCAGUGUAGUUUUAUUUCUGUGGUUGGUAGCAUGAGCAGUGGUGCAUAUACCAGAUUCAUGGCAGCAAUUAUACCAUGCUCAUCAUGUUUUUUUUAAUGGUAUUUAUGAAAAUCAAUAAUAAAAACACAUCCGCCUUAGCAGGGCGGUAGCCAGUGGGAGGUUUGUGAGGUCCGGACACCUGCCUUCCAGGAUUUAAAACAAUAAAAAUCAAGCGAAGACAGAAAAUUAAAAAACAACUUGGCUACAUACGUUUACUGGGCUACAGUAAUGUAUUUCCUCCCUCUUACAGCUGGACAUGCCUCAUACAUAGAAGCAGUAGGAAAUAUUGUGUUUCCAAGUAGUCUAUAUUUAAUGUCAGUUUGUAUAUGUGUUACUGUAAGCAUGUCUUUCAUACAAACGUGAUCUGUAUAUGUUUUUUUACGUAUUUAAUAACAUUAUUAAAUAUGUACUUACGACUAAUGGCAACAAAUUAAUCAAACAAUUGACUUAUGAACAACAUUAAAUAAAAACAUAAAUUUUCCAUUCUCAUGCAAAAACAUUACUUAAAUUUUUAGGUGUAAAUGUCACGGUUCUAAAAGUGUACUACUACUAUAAUUGUAAAGAAAGGUGUCUCAUAAAAACUUAUAUAGUGAUUAUCCUGGCUAUGGCUCUGACCAUAGUGACACGUCUAGAAAAUCUAUUGCUUCUAAGAUGCAGUUGUAGUUCACGUAGUAAUGUUUCUUUAAAAAAAAGGUUAACUUGCAGAAAUGAUUAAGCAUGCCUUCUGUAUUAAGGUUACUUUUUUCUGUUGAAGAUGAAUGGAAGGAAUAGUUCCAAACCCUCUUGCUCAUUACCGGAGUUCUGAUAAAAUCAGCACUAGGCGCAAUAUAAAUGACAGAAAUCCUGAAUUCAAGUUGUUGUAGUUAACAUUAUAGGAGUUUUUAAAAUGUUAAUACAACUUUUUGUUUUGGUUAAUUGGUACUUUAGGAAUGUCAACAUUUAUUAAGGCCUAACUCUUUUGUACAUUAUUGUAGAUUAUUUAUUUGCGAUUGUAUGAGUUGACAAAAAGAGUUUCAAGUGUCCAGUUGUUUGGAUUCUUGAGCAAAGAACAAGUGUUAAAAGAUCUGUGGUUUAAGGUUGUUUUUUUUUACCUGGUGAAACAAUUACCAUGCAGGCACAAAAAAAAAUACUCCCAAUAGUUAGGUUUAUUUUUCAAUAUUAAUACAUACUUAUAGAAAAAAAAUAUUUAUAUAUACUUUAGACUUUUUAAAUGGCAUUGUAUUGAUUUCAGACUGUAAUUCAAUUAUUUAUAGAUUUUUUUUUGUAGUGAAAUGUGUCAAAUUUGGUACUGUGGUAUGUACAGCACAGAUUACCUAAAUUACACUCAUCAAAAGGUAAAAAACUACAAUCAACAAGUACCAAGUACAUAGUAUGUACAUAAAUAUUGUGUUAAUAUUUUUAAGAUGUUUUAUUUUAUUGUUAGAUAUACUUUAGCACACAUAUUGCUUUUGUUAGCUACGAGUGUAAGAUGUGUUUGGUUAGCUCUUGAUUUUAUUAAAAUAUUAUUUUGAGAUUCAUGGUUAUCAGUAAAUUGUAUAGUAUAUACUAAUUUAAAACUGGAUUUGUUAGAACUGAAACUUAACAAGUUUUGGUGAUUAUUUGUGAGGUUAGAUUUAUUUUUCCUUGCUUUCAGGGAGGGAAUUGUUUCAGAGGGUCCCCUGAUUCGCUUUACAUUUUUACCUACCCUCUUUUCUGGUGUAUUAUUAGAGAACUAUGCCAGCUUACAGAGCAUAAAAGCUGUUACUUAUUUUAUGCAAGUUGAUGUACUCACUUUGGCAUGGUUUCUGCCCACUCAGUUGUUAAGCUGUUGUUUUACAAGAGAGAUUAGAGAGAGAGAGUUUUUUUUUUUUUUUUUUUGAGCCUGUUUUACUCUCUUGUAUUCACACUUGCCAGUCUCUGCCAGCAUUAACACUUUACUUUAAGACAUAGUAUGUUUUAUGAUGCUAAAGAAUUCAAAAGUAAGUUAUCUAAAUCUGAUUCCUUCCCUUUCGGAUGGCAGAUAAUCCCUAUUUGUAGUAACGACCAUUCACAAUAGGCCGUAGGCACAUACCAAGGAGCACAUUUAUUUUUCCAAUUUUCAUUAAUAAAAAACCAACCACGUGUAGUGUGCCAAGAUACUAUGUACAGAGAAAGCCUUUAAUCUGGUGUUCUAUGACACGGCACAUUCUUUGAUAUCUGGCAUCAAUUGAGUGACUCGCGUUGGCCUUUUCUGGUGGCGCUCGGUCUCCAGGUCAAGUGACUGCCAAGGGGGACAUAUCCAGCUCCAAAUGUAAAGGGAGGAGGGGGGAGCAUCUUUUGUAAUUGAACCUUUUUUUUUUUUAAUUCCUCGUGGGGGACGAGGGUUCAUAGUGUCAUACAGUAAUAAAAAUAACAAAAGGAAGGACAAAGGACAUCAUUUGUAAUAUAUAUAUAUAUAAAACACAUAACACAGUGUGUUAUGUGACACGCUCACCCAACGAGGUUGAAUACCUCAAAAUGUUCACUAAUAACCUUUUUUGUUAAUGGUUGAUGUAGUAGUUCCAAUUCUCUCCUAUGAUGAAGUUAGAUUUUUUCAAGCGUCUAUUUAGCUCUUUUCUUCUAUUUGAUGUCCCAUUGGUAAACUCUACUCACACCAGAUUUCUUUCAAGUAGGAAUAAUGCAGGUUAUGAACCAUUUGUAAAUAAUUUUGGUUUUGUGGAAAACAGAUAGCUGGAGCAGGUUUAUUUUUUGUUGGUAUAUUUACUAUUAGCAAACUUAAAUAUAUAUUAUGUUGAAUUAUUGAUAUUGACUGUCAUAUAUGCUGUGAAAGCAAAUAGUUUGACAUUUAGUGUGUUCAAAUUUGCUAUGAUGGAUUUUGCUGCAUAGUUGAAAUGAUACAGUGCCAAGUGUCUCCUGUAGUCCAGAAGCAUAUUAUGUUUGAUACAAUUUAUAUGAAUGUACGAUGUUUAGAUUUAGAACAUUUAAAUGCUUGUGGAAAUGGAUACCUUUGUAGUUAUGUAUACGGUUGUGUGUUUCGAAUGAUAAUGGUGCAGCAUGUGCACAUUUAAAAAAAAAAAAAAAACUUUUUUAGGAACACUUUGAGAGAGGCGAACCAAGUAUCUUAAUACACCAUUCACAACAUAAUUGCUCAACUGCAGUACACCAACAUUACCUGGUGUAAACAUUAGAGGCACCGUACUUACAUUAAUGAGCUGCUUCUUACAAACUCUUUUGGCACAGAAGUUAUGUUUGUUGGAUAAGAAUAUUACAAAAAUUUUACAUUUAUAAGAAAGGUUAAUUUUUCGAUUUUGUUUUGUUUUUCUCCCUAUAUUGGUCAUUAAACCUUAGGUUACACAAUAAUUGAUUGUGAUGUUUCAGCAGACUUUCAGCGAAAGCAUAUUGAAGGAGCAAGCCUCAGUGUUGGGCUGAAGAUUCACUUGCUUCGUCUCUCUUUAGCGUGGUACUGCAAUUAAAGACUGACUGUUUUAAGGCUGGUUGCCAUCUUGGCAACAUGUAAGUUUAUUAUUAUAAUAAAUCAAUAAUAAUCACUUCAUGUAAAA